UUUCUUCAUGGAUUGGGAGAUACCGGGCAUGGAUGGUCAGAAGCACUUGCAGGUAUCAAAAGCCCCCAUGUAAAAUACAUUUGCCCACACGCGCCAGUUAUGCCAGUUUCUUUGAACAUGAACAUGGCUAUGCCAUCAUGGUUUGAUAUCAUUGGACUUUCUCCAGAUUCACAGGAAGAUGAAGCUGGGAUCAAGCAGGCAGCGGAGAAUGUUAAAGCACUGAUAGAUCAAGAAGUAAAAAAUGGAAUUCCUUCUCAUAGAAUUAUUCUGGGAGGCUUUUCUCAGGGAGGUGCUUUAUCACUGUAUACAGCUCUUACCACACAACAAAAAUUAGCAGGUGUUGUAGCCCUCAGCUGUUGGCUUCCUCUACGGGCUUCUUUUCCUCAGGUACUUAUUGGUGUCAACAAGGAGAUCGCUGUUCUUCAGUGCCAUGGGGACUGUGAUCCGUUGGUUCCUUUAAUGUUCGGUUCUCUCACUGUUGAGAAGCUAAAGAGUAUGAUAAAUCCAGCCAAUGUAACCUUCAGGACUUACUCUGGCAUGAUGCAUAGCUCAUGUAUUGAGGAGAUGAUGGAUGUAAAACAGUUCAUAGACAAACAUCUACCUCCUGUAGAGUGAAAUGACAUGUGAGAAGCCUUCUAUAUAAGUACACCAGCAUCGACUGUGGUAGAGUGUUAAUCUUUUCAUAUGCCUGAUAGGAAGCAUUACUUCUAUACCUGCAGUGUUACUACUGUGUUGCAAAUUUAUACUUAGGAUGAGGAUUAAAUAAUACACAUGUACAAGAAAUGAUCAUCUUUUUAGUAUUAAUCAUCCACUGGUGGGACUACAUGAAUGAAGCAGCUAGGUAACAAUGACAAGAUGUAACCUAAGCAUACUGUUUUAAGAGGUCUAAUUUUUUUUGAUUGCAGAAUUUUAAACUAUUUGUACAUGUAAUUAAAAACUAAAUUUAAGCAAGCAACAUAAAUGUGACCAGUUUAGUUCUACUUGAGACAUGAUUUGCUCUUAAUACUCAUUGAAAACAUAUUAAAACAUUUCCUUUAUGUAAUGGAUGCAUAAAGCACACAACAUGUAAUGUAGUGGGCAUAUGAUGGUAGAAUAAAUGUAAC